AAGAAUGAGCACCGCACCAAGCACACCAAAACAGGAGCAGCAGGAGCCCGUCGAGGAGAAAACUCCGGGCAGCGAGGAGCCAGAGGAGCCACAAGUCGGGGAGAAUAAGGGAAAAACUCCAGUGGUCGUCCCAUUGCCCCACGAGACGCCGGCGGCCGUCCGUAAUCGUCGUCAUAUUCAAAAGGAGCUUCACAUUGGCUCACCAUCCGACAAUAUGCUCUCUCCGUGUACCAGCAAGAUUUUCGGCAAAAAAAACGCCAUCUCAGGCCCAGCGGCAAUUCUCCGCAGCAAGCAGCACUCGACGAUCCCGUUCAAGAUGGAGGACGACUAAAAAUCAAUCAUCGAUUUCUCGAUGCGAUCAAUGUUUCAUGUUGUACCAUACUCUCUCUCUUCUAUCUCUCUUUCUUUCUUUUAAAUUUCCCCAUUUUUCCAAUAAAUUUUUGUUAUUU